CAGUCACUACACCGUCGUGGUGUUGUUCGUAACUCUAUGCGUGCGGUCAUAUUAGCGUAGCGUAAGUAUGCUCGCAAGAUCGCUUUUGCGAACCGGAAAUGUAUGUGUUUUCUCGUGUAGCGUAGCUUUUACAAACCAGACGCGUAGAAGCGCAUACGUCGAUCAUGUGGUGCAUGCUGCGCGUUUUUGCUGUGUUGCUCCGCUGUGUUAUGGGUCGUUCACAAGAAUAUGA